UAGCUUUCUCUUUCAUUCACGCUCAUUUACAGUUGUUCAUCAUCUUUUCAAACAAAAUCUACAUCUUUAACGAUUCUGACCAGCACUUUCAUUAAUUCUUUCACUUUGCACUUUGCACUUUCCCGAUAAUCACCAAACCAAACCCAAAGCUUGGACUUUACUUCAAGAAUAUCAUUAAUAUGCUUUCUGUUUGAUUGUUUUCUUUCUUUUUCUUUUUUCCUAUCAAUGGAUUCAGCUACUCUCCUUGAUCGUGCUUUGUUUCAGCUCACUCCAACUCGAACUAGAUUUGAUCUGGUGCUAUUCUACAAAGGAAAGAAUGAGAAGCUUGCUUCUGGGCUUUUUGAACCCUUCAUUUGUCACCUCAAAUUUGCAAGAGAUCAGAUUUCCAAAGGUGGGUAUUCGAUUACUCUGCAGCCACCUGCUCCUGCUACACCCUGGUUCACCAAGGCUACUUUUGAGAGAUUUGUGCGCUUUGUCAGCACACCAGCAGUUCUUGAAAGGUUUGUCACUAUAGAAAGCGAAAUCUUGCAAAUUGAGAGAUCAAUUCAAGCCAACGAAUUAGCUAAUGCCGAUGGAAAGCAGGGGGAAGAUGCCAACGGUUAUACAAAGAAGACAAAUAAUGGCAUCAUACAGGAAGAGAACUCCAAGGUCCAACUUCAACGGCUACUGGAAACUCGAAAAGCCUUGCUAUGGAAAGAGCAAGCAAUGACUUAUGCUCGUGGGCUGGUUGCUGGGUUUGCAAUGGAAAAUAUGGAACAUCUCAUUUCCUUUGCAGAUGCAUUUGGAGCAACCAGGUUAAGGGAAGCAUGCAUUAAUUUCAAGGAAUUAUGCAAGAAAAAGCAUGCGGACCGUCAUUGGAUGGAAGAACUAGCUGCAGUUGAGGCAUGCUCACCAGCAGAACUGCCAUUAUUGGGAACAUCUGGCAUUGUGCUUGCAAAUGGAAUUAGCAACCCUAAUCUGAGUGUCGUGCCGAGUUUCCCCAUUAAUGGUGCAUCUAAUGGUGAUCAUGCUCCAAAUGAAUCUUUGGAAGCAUCAAAACCAGAUUCAACCUGUGCUGGAGCUUUGGACCGCAAGAAAGAUGAGAAUUCACCUGCAUCAGAUAAGACACCAUCAUCAACUACCAUAAAAUAUCAGGUGCCAGUGCAAUGGCUAAAUCAGAUGCCACAGCAUAUGUAUAAUUUUCAAGGCCAGCUACCUCAAUAUCAAGGAUAUCCCUUCCAUCCUAUGCAGCCUGUACCACUUCCGUAUCCGAUGAAUAUGCAGUGGCCUCCUAAUACAAACCAGAAAUCAUCAUCCAAGCCAAAGAAGAAAUCGGCAAAUGGAAAACAACUUGAUUAUUCAGGAGAAGAAAGGGAAACAGAAUCCAGUGGCUCUGACUCUGGAAGCGAGUCAGGUUCAGAUGUGCAACAGGAAGAUAGAAGGCAGUCAUCACCAGAUCCUCCAUAUAGGAAGAAAAACCGUAAGAAGUCAUCCAGAACAGUCGUCAUUCGCAAUAUUAACUACAUCACUCCGAAGAGGAGAAGUGGAGAAAAAGAUCAUGUUUCGGAUGGAUCUUAUUCUGGUGAGGACGAUCUGAUUGAUGCAGAUUCCUUAAAACAGAAAGUGGAUGAUGCAGUUAAGUUGCUGAAGGACUCAGGCAAGUCAAACUCAAGUAACAACAAAAGAAGAGGUGCAGACAAGAACGACCACACUGCAGAAAAAUCAACCGAUGGUUCUUAUCAGAGUGACUCUAAUGACCUUGACGUAAAUGCAGCAGAGGGAGGAAAAAGAAAUGGCAACUGGGAUGCUCUCCAAAACCUUCUUAUGAAGGGUGAGGAAAAUGCAAGUGUGAAUGAAGUAGAAUGGAAGCAAGCUGAGGAUGUUCAGGAACAUUUCAUAGCUAGAAACCUUGAUAGUGAAAUUUCUGCUACCACUCCUUUGAACUUCGAAUCUCAGAAAGUUUCCAUUAAGCGGGCAGAUUUGGCUGAUUCUUUUGUUGUGACUGAGAGAGAUGAGACUAAUGAAAGUAGGGUGAAGUUGGAUGAUUUUGUUAAUGGAGAAAGAUAUCACCCGGUUAUGAAGAAAGGGGACUGUGUAGAAGUGGAUUUGUUACCUACAGAGAGAUCAGCAGAAUCAGGAAAUAAGCUUGGUGAUUUCAUAUCUGCUUCUGCAAAUGAGUCAGCUGUAAUCAGGUGUGGAAAGGAAGAAGAUUGGUUUGCUGGAAACCACCAUGUAAAGCCUGAAAACCAGCAUUCAGCCAAUGAUCAUAUGCUUUUUAAUGGCGAUCGUGUUUUAUCUGUUGAGAGUGAUCAUCUAUAUUCUCAGAAGAGUGUGAAAGAUGUUAUUGUUGAUGAUUCUUUCAUGGUAGCAGCUCGGCCAGCAGGUGACGAUCAGGAUGAUUCGCAAUGGAAAACAGAUAUAAGCAUGGUUGCAGAUCUAACUUCACAUAGCAAACCAGAUGGCACAAUAGAUGUUUCACAAGAUAAGCAUAAGAUAGUUGAUGCUGAGCCAAUUGAUCUUUGCAUGGUGCUUGAACGAAACCCUGGGUACGAGUCUUCCAGAGACUCCUGGACAAUGGAUUACCAAAUCGAAUUAUGUUUCACAGAAACAAAUAAAAGUGCAGCUAGCAAAUGUGAUGAUGAUGAUGUUGAGAAAGUUCCUUCCAAUCAUAAGAACACCAUUGCCAAGCAAAAUGAAGCGAAAAAGCCAGCCAAAGAAGCAAGGUCUAAAGCUCUAAAUGGACCCAUUGGGAAGAUCAAAGCUGAAAAUGUGUCUAGGAGCAAGAAACCAUCUAUUGUUAGUAGGUCUGCUAUUCAGAAAAGCAAGUUGGAGAAGGAAGAAGAGAUGCGAAGGAAGAUGGAAGAACUACGGAUCGAACGGCAGAAGAGAAUUGCCGAGAGAACUGCAGCUUCGGGAUAUGCUUCACCUGUAUCCAAGAAAUCACCUGUAUCCACCAAGAGUGAUCAGAAGAAAAAUGUUUCCAGUGCUCAAGCAAGCAACAGGAUGAAUUCUAUCAAACUCAGAGCAACUUAAGAAAGAAGCCACAGAGACCCUUCAUCUUAUGAAUGGUUAAAGAUAUGAAGAUAUGACACUUAUUGUGGACAUAUUGAUGCAAGCCUGAAAUGCGUGGAGCCAAGGAUAGUCUUACCUGUCAAAUUUGGUUGGAACAUGCACUGCAGAUCAUAUAAUCAAGAAGCUGAUCCAGAUGCCAGAUUGACUACUGUAUACAUUGUCAAUAUUUUUGAGUUACACCUGCAAUUCAUUCCUCUAUUGUUUGUUUUAAUUAGUAAAAUAAAACCCAAUCAACAUAUACUGAUUAGUUCUUCAUAUGUUUUUCUAUUGCGAAUGUCAAGUCAUUGUCUUGGAAAAAUGUUACUUUCGUGUAUAAUAAUUUGUAUACUUGAGACUUUCUAUUGAGAUAUAUGAUUAAUAAUAUAUAUAUAUAUAUUUAAUUCACCAAAA